AUGAGUGAAUUUGAACUACAUGAUAUUGUCACUGCACUUUUAAGUACAUUAGGGGGUAAAGUCACUCCGAACAAGUUAGUAGAAUAUCUACAAGAAAGACAAUCUAGAAAUACUGCAGGAUGCUCAAUCAUUAUUCAGAAACAUUUAACUCGGCUUUCUCAAGAUAUUUCUGAUCCAGAUACAUUUUUAGCCAAAUACAAUGAUCUCAAGGAUAAAAAUGUUGACUCUUUGAAUUCGUAUGUGGAAUUGCUGGAUUUGAUUUCUCAAGAUCACAGCUUGAAGGACUUCAUUCUAAGGAGUACCAAGCCGACAUCUUGCUCGAAGGCAGAGCUGACGAAAGAUGAUUUACCUCAGGUGAUUUACAAUAUUCAUUAG